ACAAGCCUAAUGAUCAGUCUUCAAGGUGGUCUUCAGAAAGCAACUACCCUCCCCAGGCUGAAUUCCAUGGGACUCUCAAGACUUGCGGCCAAUAUAUUAUCAGUGUGGAAUGGUGGAUCUGAGUCACAAGCCCAGUUUUCAGAAAAGAAAUAAUUUAACAGGUUCUUGUGUAGAGUCUAAAGCAAGAAAAUUCCUGUGGACAAACACAAUCUAGUGAAUAUUUGAUUCUGAAACUCGAAAGACCUGCCAUAGUCCAAAGUAUCACCUUUGGCAAAUAUGAGAAGACUCAUGUCUGCAAUUUAAAGAAGUUUAAAGUGUUUGGUGGGAUGAAUGAAGAAAACAUGACAGACCUUUUAUCCAGUGGCUUAAAGAAUGAUUAUAACAAAGAAACAUUCACCUUGAAGCAUAAAAUUGAUGAACAGAUGUUCCCCUGUCGAUUCAUUAAGAUAGUUCCACUGUUAUCAUGGGGGCCCAGCUUCAAUUUUAGUAUCUGGUAUGUUGAACUUAAUGGCAUUGAUGAUCCAGAUGUGGUCCAACCCUGCCUCAACUGGUACAGCAAGUACCGUGAACAGGAAGCCAUUCGUCUAUGUCUAAAGCAUUUUCGCCAGCACAACUACACUGAGGCUUUUGAAUCACUGCAGAAGAAAACCAAGAUUGCGCUAGAGCACCCAAUGUUGACAGAUCUGCAUGACAAACUAGUGCUGAAAGGAGACUUUGAUGCUUGUGAAGAAUUGAUAGAAAAAGCUGUAAAUGAUGGCUUGUUCAAUCAGUACAUCAGUCAGCAGGAAUACAAACCGCGUUGGGGUCAGAUUAUCCCCAAAAGUACCAAAGGUGAUGGAGAGGACAGCAGACCAGGAAUGAGAGGAGGCCAUCAGAUGGUCAUUGAUGUACAGACAGAAACUGUUUAUUUGUUUGGUGGCUGGGAUGGGACUCAGGAUCUGGCUGACUUCUGGGCAUACAGUGUGAAGGAAAACCAGUGGACCUGUAUAUCUAGAGAUACUGAAAAAGAGAAUGGUCCUAGUGCCAGAUCUUGUCACAAGAUGUGCAUCGAUAUUCAGCGAAGGCAAAUCUACACACUGGGCCGUUACCUGGAUUCCUCCGUGAGGAACAGUAAAUCUCUGAAAAGCGAUUUCUACCGUUAUGACAUUGACACGAACACAUGGAUGUUGCUAAGUGAAGACACUGCAGCAGAUGGAGGUCCCAAGCUGGUGUUCGAUCAUCAGAUGUGUAUGGAUUCAGAAAAACACAUGAUCUAUACGUUUGGAGGUAGGAUUUUAACAUGUAAUGGCAGUGUAGAUGACAGCAGAGCCAGUGAACCUCAAUUUAGUGGAUUGUUUGCUUUUGACUGUCAAUGUCAGACAUGGAAACUGUUGCGAGAAGAUUCGUGUAAUGCUGGACCUGAGGACAUCCAGUCCAGAAUAGGACACUGCAUGUUGUUCCAUUCGAAAAAUCGCUGUUUAUAUGUAUUUGGUGGGCAGAGAUCGAAGACUUAUUUGAAUGAUUUCUUCAGCUAUGAUGUUGACAGUGAUCACGUUGAUAUCAUAUCAGAUGGCACCAAGAAAGAUUCAGGGAUGGUUCCUAUGACAGGUUUCACUCAGAGAGCCACCAUUGAUCCGGAACUGAACGAAAUACAUGUGUUGUCUGGGCUCAGUAAAGACAAAGAGAAACGGGAAGAGAAUGUUAGGAACUCUUUCUGGAUUUAUGACAUUGUGAGGAACAGUUGGUCUUGUGUCUAUAAGAACGAUCAAGCAGCAAAAGAUAAUCCAAGUAAAAGCCUUCAGGAGGAGGAGCCCUGCCCGAGGUUUGCCCAUCAGCUGGUGUAUGAUGAGUUGCACAAGGUUCAUUAUUUGUUUGGAGGAAAUCCUGGGAAAUCCUGCUCUCCAAAGAUGAGGCUGGAUGACUUCUGGUCACUGAAGCUCUGUCGGCCUUCGAAGGAAUACCUGUUGAGACACUGCAAAUACCUCAUAAGAAAGCACAGGUUUGAAGAAAAGGCCCAAACUGACCCACUCGGUGCACUGAAAUACUUACAGAAUGACUUGUAUGUAACUGUGGAUCAUUCUGACCCUGAGGAGACAAAAGAGUUUCAGCUUCUUGCUUCAGCACUGUUCAAGUCUGGUUCAGAUUUCACCACUCUGGGAUUUUCGGAUGUUGACCAUACCUAUGCGCAAAGAACUCAGCUCUUUGAUACGUUAGUAAAUUUCUUUCCUGACAACAUGACUCCUCCUAAAGGCAACCUGGUAGACCUCAUCACACUGUGACAGAAAAAUCACUGGACAUGUGAAAGAAGAAAAAAGCAUCCAUUUUCAGUAUUUUAAUUUUUUUUACUGCAUUGAUUGACUGCUGGGUGCAGUAAUAUAGUGACCCCUGGGUCUUUGAAUGGGGCUUUAUACUUGUAUAAUGAAUACCUGAGGUUUUUCCCCUUGUUGAAUUAGGCUAAUAAAAUGUAACUGACAUAAAUAUAUAUAUAUAUAUAUGUGUGUAUGUAUAUAUAUUUUCUGAUUUUGACUUGAGUUAGCAAAUAUAAUAAGAAGAAAUCAAUCAUGCAGUCAUCCUUUUUGCUUUUAGGGGAAAUGCUAAGAUAUUUCAGGCUCCUUGAAACUGAAGAUGGUUUUACUUUUUUUUUUUUUUAAAUGCCUCUUGCUUGAUUGUAACUAGUCAUGACAUUUGCUUUGCCCUACUGGCUUUAUUCACAGCAGUUAUGUAGCUUGGCAGCAGGACACUGCUGUACGUUAAGGUAAUGUGUGUCCUUAUUGACUUGAGUCCUGUAAUUGUAAUGUACAGUGUGAAGGAGGAUAUGUCUCAAAUUUGCCACCCUCUUAUAGUCUGAGAAACUGACUAACACUAGAGCGAAAUUGGAUUUGCUAUAGAGUGUGAACAUAAAUAUUUAGCUGGUGCUACUGUAAAUGCCUGGCUUCCAUUCUCUGAAGCCUUCUACUUAAAGCUGGCAGUCAAGUUUGAACCUCGGAGAAACCUUUGAAAAUAGUGCAGGAGGUGCUGGUACAAGAAUUUCUUCAGGGAUGGUUUUGUGUCUGUGCCUCUCUUGUGCUGCUUUCAUGACAAACUUAGCAAGUCCUUGUAGAGUUCUACAGAAUUGGGUCUUCCACAUCCCCCAUGCACACGCUGCACCUCUACAGCACUUCAGUCUGGAUGCAGUUUUCCAAAGCAGCAUGUCUGGGUUUACGUACAUGUUGGCUCUGUGCAUAUAUUUGUGUGUGAAUGUGAAAUUUAAUGAGGAUUGUUCUCAACAGCUUGUUUUUUGUUUGUCCUAUGUAGCACAGCUCAUUUAAGUGCAUCUUAGAAUUAUCCUGUGCACAAAGGCCUCUCCCCUCAUUUAAAGGAUGGAUUUAUUAAAAUAAGCUGAAUGCAUAUGUCCAGUAAGUGGACUUUAUUUUCUCCCUUGCAGAAAACAUUCUUUGUAUGUAGGUCUAAUGGCUUGGAGCUGCACUGUGUCCGUAAAGUAUAAGGAAGGACACAUGCACCUAGUGUUAGCAUAUACUUAAAUUCAGUGCCAGAAAGCAUGCAGUUCAAACUGGUUGAUAAAUUAUAUAAAGACUGUAGAGAUUCAUGUCUAGAGGGCCAACAGCCCAUAGGACAUGAAUCCUGAAUUUCCUGAGUCUGAGUAACUUUCUCUGAAUUUACUGGAAGUAUUGUGUGUGCAGGGAUGAUGGAUUAGACUUUUUUUAAAUGAAAAGAAAUGACAGUGAAUAUUUUUUUCAUAGUUCUAGUAUUCUUGUGCAUUCAUUCAGUUAGUCCCCUUCUUCCUCACAUUUUGUUUCCAGUUUCAGUACAUUGGAAAUCAUGAUUAAAAUUUUUUUUAAUAAUAUUUAGCUUAUUAAGCUAUUAAACACCCAGAAAUUAACAGUACAUUAGAGGCUGGAUUUGCUUUAAAAACUAAGUGAUUAGACUUGACUUUUUUUUCCUUGAAAGGAUUAUAGAUGUAGCUUUUUUUUUUUUUAAGUUACCGCUAACUUACUGUUUGGCAAGUAAGUUAAUGUAGUUAACAGGUAGCAAAUCAAAAAAUCAAGGGAAUACAUAGUUUAGCAAAUACAAUCUGGUUAAAUGUUUCAAAGGAACAAUGUAAAAAAAAAAAAUUCUCCAGUAACAUGAAAAAGUGCCAUGCCAGAGUUUUUUUUUUUUACUGCAUGUUGUAACCUUCUGGUUCUUUGCUAGGUAAUGGCUAGGUUAAUCUUGUUGCUUCCAUUAGCAUUGUGCCAUAGCACUGCUGUUCUGUAACUAAACUAAAUUUUUCAGUCCUCAAGUACUGAGGUUUACAAUGCUGUGUGCUGUUGGGACUAUGAUUAUGCAUUCUGUUCACAGAAACAAACUGGCUUACAACAUCAAGCGGGUGAUUCUUGGUUUUUGGUGUUUUUUUUGUUUCCCUCCCCUCCGCCCCCAAAAAUCUUUCUAAGCAGUUUAUCCAAGCAUUUACUCUUCUAAUUUUCAUUUUUCUAGCUCGUGGGUUUUUUUUCAUGUUACCUUUUAACUUAAUUUUUAUUUAAAUAAAGUUGAACCAAAGUGAAGCAAUUAUAUUAAAAGUAACCAAGAGUAGAUUUAGUGGAGGGUCUAAUAAAAACACCAAAUGUUUUUGGGGUAGUAACCGCAUUGAGAAGCAUAUCUUGCAAAUCAAGCUGUGAUUAAGUGACAGCAUUGAAGUAAAGCAUGAUCUUUGUGUGAUCUGAUGCGAGAUUUGCAAACAUAAUUGGCUAGGGUGUGUGCAUGUGAUUUUUCGCUGAAAACUAUUUGGACUAAAAUUCUCAAUUUUAAAGUUAUCUCUGUUGUAUAUAGAUAGACACACAACAGCAAAUGUUCAGUCAUGGGCUUAAGCCUGCUCUGUGCUACGGGCAGGUGAGGAGGUUGUGGAUGCCUGCAAGUGCAGAAAGUUAAAGUUGCUAGCUUAGUACUUCCUACACAAUGACUGACAAUCCCAAGCUAAUGGGAGUACUUGAAGAAUAUCAAAUAUUGACAUACCUUUGCUGUGUACAUACAAGUUUAUCAAUUCUCCAGUGUGCACUUCAUUGCUUCCAGCUGGUGAUUAACCAGCUGCCAUUUCCACAGCUCCUUUCCUUUUUAAGAACUGCUUGAUGUACAACCUAACACAGCAAAUGCAUUUGCAGCUGUAUAUUUGUGAAGCAAUAGAGACACCCUGUGGCCAGAUAGGAAAUACUCACUUUGAAUAAACCUAUGGAUUUGCUAAAGGGUAUCCACUACUUCCGUGCCCUCUUGAAGGUUAAUAAUCAAAAUUAUAUGAUUGGUGCUUUGCACUAGUAUACUCUGCAUCUCUUGUAUAGCUGAUAAAAAUAGAUAGUAUAAAAAAAGUAUUGCUCAGUUUCCUGAGAAUGUACAGAAAUUCCUGUAAUAGCCUGUUAAAAUGCAGUUGUGAUAUUAGAUUUUGGGGUUGUAUUAUGCAUGGGCUUAAGAUGUGAGUGCCAUUCCAGGAACUUAUUAGCUCCAAGCAUUAUGGAAAUACAAAAGUCCAAACAGAAGAGAUCCU